CUAGAACUAUACUGAGAUUAAUCAGAAGGACUGGACACAGUCAGUGUGACCCUUUCUGCACACACUGUGCGUGUGUAAAUCAGUUGAGGGACAUACUAUGAAAGCUGUUUCGGUGAAAUAUUGUUACAGGACAUUUUUGUAACCGGGGAUAAUGUCCGCUUCCUCAGACUCCACCGAGUUUACUGCGGAGGCAGUAGAGAGGGCUCUUCAGCAGCUGUACUACGAUCCGGACAUGGUGCAGAAAAAUGUGGCGCAAAAGUGGCUGGCGCAGGCCCAAGCGUCGCCGCAGGCGUGGCACUUCUGCUGGGCACUGCUGAGCCCGGACAAGGUGCCCGAGAUCCAGUUUUUUGGGGCAAGCACGCUACACAACAAGAUUUCCAGCCACUGGCAGGAGCUCAGUUCCGAGCUUCGUGAGUCUCUUCGCUCUCAGAUCCUCACCCACCUGUGCCACUUCGCCCUUGGCCCCAAGGUGGUGCUGACGCGCCUCUGCGUGGCCCUGGCGUCUCUGAUCCUCCACACGCUCCUCGAUUCCUGGCCCAGCGCCAUGCCCGAUCUCCUGAGGGCGUUCCAGGGCAGGGAGGGCGCAGCCGAGGCAGAUGGCCGGUGCCCAGUCCUGUUAGAGGUGCUCACCGUGUUGCCCGAGGAGCUCCAGAGCAGGAAGUUCACACCAGGGACUCGCGCCAGGAUUCAGGCCACCCUGGUGCAAGAGUGGACCUUGUUGUGUCCACUGCUGAGAGAGCUGCUGCGCUGUGAAGGCUCGGCGUGCAGCGUGAAAGAGCGAGCUCUGCGCUGUCUGCCGUCCUGGCUCGCACUUGGCGUUGACUUGGGUGAGAGUGAAGGAGUGUUGCAGGACAGCUUGGCGCUACUUAAAGUGCCUGAGCUUUUUGACACGGCUGUGGAGAGCAUCGUUGGGUCACUCUCGGUGCCUGACUGGCAGAGGUCUGUGGACAGCCUUUUGAAUAUGUUGCCCUGUGUUCUGGAGCUCCAGGAGCAGCUGAAGAGAGCUGUACAGGACAGAGACAUGGAGACGUCUCACGGGAUCUGCCGCGUCGUCGUCGCUCUCGGCGAAACUCACUGCAGAACAUUGCUGGAACAGAUCGGACACUGGCAGGGUUUCCAGGCUCUGGUCGGUAUGAUUCUGUCCUGCACUGCGAUUCCUGGCCACUACCCGGUGGACGAGACCUCCAGCUCACUCACACUUGCAUUCUGGUACACGCUGCAGGACGACAUCAUGUCACUGGAAACCGAGAAACAGACGUUUUACCUGCAGCUCUACAGACCUGUGUACUUCCAGCUGGUCGAUGUUCUGCUGCACAAAGCGCGCUUUCCCAACCAGCACGACUACGCCUCAUGGUCUUCUGACGACAAGGAGCAAUUCAGAACGUACAGAGUCGAUAUCUCGGACACUCUGAUGUGCUUGUAUGAGCUGCUGGGCCCUGAGCUGUUGCGAAAACUGUAUGACAAACUCGGUGUGCUGCUGACCGACGCAACACGCUCGCACUCCUACUCGUGGCAGGAUAUAGAGGCGCUGCUGUUUGGUUUCCAGUCCAUAGCCGACACGGUGGACGUCGGUUACUCGGACGUGAUUCCUGGUCUGAUCGGCCUCAUCCCGCUCAUCUCGGUGACCAGCGUUCAGCUCGCAGAGACCGUCAUGCUCACGCUAGGCUCACUGGCUGAAUGGUUGGCCGAUCACCCAGUCAUGGUGCCGUCCGUCCUGUGCAUCGUCCUGCCAGCCCUGUCAGACGCUGACCUCUCCGUACCAGCCGUCUCAGCGCUGAAGAGAAUCUGCCGCGAGUGCAAGCAUCACCUUUACCCGCAUGCCAACGACAUCCUGGCAUCCUCACAGGAUGCACUCGUUAAGAAAAUCCACAAGAGCCCUCAAAGCACGUGGCUCAUGCAGGCUCUGGGAUUUUUACUCUCAGCCAUGCCGGACGAGGAGAUCCCGGAAAAACUGCUCUCGCUGCUCUCGCCUCAUAUCCGGGAACUGGAGAGGCUGGCCGAUCAUGCGCUCAGCCCUGCCACUAAAUGCUCCACACUUCAGGUUCUGGGCCUGAUCUCCAGCAUGUUCUCCACUCUUGACUUGAGCGCGCACGGCGAAGGACCAGACGGGGUUAAAGGUCGCAGAUUUGCUGCUCACAGCAAUCCGGUAGUAGUCGUGCUACAGCAAGUGUUUCCUCUCAUCCAGACACUCCUGAGCAAGUGGCUGAAUGACACCGAAGUGGUGGAGGCCUCGUGUGCCGUUUUCGAGAAAUCGCUGAAGACUCUCGGCGGCGAUUUCGCUCCUCUCGUACCUCAGCUUUGUGAGCUGAUUAGUCAGCUGUUCAGCGCCUUUCCGCAAGCCUCUGCUUUGGAUCUCGUACGACAGUUGCUUCAGAUAUUUGACUGCGACAAGGAACACGUCUCGUCGAUUGCUGCGGUUCUGGAACUUGUCACGAACGUCACCGUGUCUGUUUUUCAGCAUGGUGCAAGAGACCAUCCUGACGUGGUCGAGUCGUUUAUGAAGCUUCAUGCACAGGUUUUGAAAAGGAAAGCAGAUCUGUAUUGCUCCGAGGGUCUUGAUAUCAGAGCUGUCUUCUACUGUGGGAUUUUAGCUCUCAGAUUUCCCGAGACGCCCACUCUGAAGUCCACAUGUGUGCUGUUUACAGAGCUGAUGUCUCGCUGCGAGGACGUCCCUGACGUCCAAGGCGUGCUGCAGGAGGAAGGCCUGCUGCUUCUUCAGACCCUGCUGGAGGCUAUCGGUAUCCAGGCUCCCCGGGGCCUGCAGGAGCACCUGGCCGAGGUUCUGUUCUCCAUCAGUCUCCACUGUCCCAGCUUGCUGGCGACUCGGUUGAGAGACGCCCUGCAGCCUGACGUCUUCACCUUCUUCCCCUUACUCACUCCGGAGAGCAAAGAGUGUUUCUGCCAGCAGAUUCUCAGAACCUUAACAACUCAACUAAAGGAUGAAGAAGCUUUAGCGAUGACACUGGCCCUUGUCGGUGAUAGAAGAAGGUUUCGAGUUCACAUCCCACUUAACAGCUAAGAUUCAUGGGAACAAGUGAGUAAGCGGAAGAUGAGGGACAUCGUGAAGGAGUUUUCCCUGUCGUGUCGGGGUCUACAGGGAACGGAGGACACCGCGGAUUACUGAACAUCCACGUAUUUAAGGACACUUCACGUUCAAACGUGAAGAGAUCACGGUUGAGGAAAAAAAAACAACGCACAGAGGUCUCUGUGUUUGCCUUUUUUCCAGACUUUUAAAAUCACAAGGUCGUGGUUUUCGGACUAUUUUCAUAUUAUACUGUAUAGGGUUUUUUAAAAAUAAUUUGUGUUCAAUCUAAGCAAGAACUGUGCACUACUUUAUCAUCAGCUGCCUUCACAAAGUCAUCGACAUGGUCCCAGGUUCUUCUCCCUGGUGUCCAUGAUUACAGAGUUUGCACUCAGGUGUUACACUUUGUUACUAUUUUAUAUCGGAAUUCUCCAUUCCGAUGGGUCAGAAGGUGUUGCUUCAGUGUUUAUAUUUAAAGCGCUCGUUCUAAUUCAUCUCAACGCUGAAUAAUGGGGGGGGGGGCAAAACAAACAAACAAAGUUUUCAUAAACCACUAACAGAGAUCCUGCAGUAGUGUGUUUAUUUCUGUACGGUUCUAUCUGUAGCAUAAUGGGCCGGCGGCCAAUACGACAGCCGUGUAGAUAAACCGUUUUCUCUCUGCUUUACAUUACACAAUGUCCUUUUGCACUUUCACUUUCACGUGAUACAAGUAAUAAGAAAGUCAUCGGGACGAUAACAAAACAAGACUCGUUCGUCCGUGGGUGGUGGUGUGGGGGGUUUGGGGGGGUGUGGUUUAACAAAGAUAAGACACUGGAAGGAGUGUGGAGAGGAGGAAGAGACAUCGGAUUUCCGUCUGAAAAGUUGCAGGUCCUCCUCCAGCCUCGGACGCUACCGUAUCCUGGUGAACAGAUUCAGCACCGACUUGGAUUCCUAAAACAGCAGGACAAGAAAGUCAGUCAUUUGAGUGUUACCCAUAAUGCAGUGCAGUGUGAGAAACGUGAGGAAAUCGGUUGUGCGAACGUGGAAAACGUAGGUGCGUGUAAAUUGUAAAGGCAUUCUGAAAGUAUUUUUAAGCAGAGGCAUCUAGAUUUUGUAUUGAUGGCAAUAUAUAGUUUGUCUACUUUGUGUGGAUAUAUGUGUGUGUGUGUGUGUGUGUGUCUAACCUUGGUGCAGCGUGUUUUGCUGAAGACGUUCCAGAACCUGAGCGUCUCGUCUCCUGCACCUGUCACUAUAGCCUCGCCGUCUGGAGACACAGCCUGGUGAAGACACACACACACACACACACACACACACAGUUAGAAUUCUGUAAAGGAAUUUAAUUCAAUCAAGUGAUCAAACACAGUUCCCGCUCACCAAGUAGAGCACACGGUACGAGUGUCCGGUCAGUUUGGCCACCUGCGUGAGUGACGGAUAUUUCCACACCAGGAUCUGGUUUUGCGAGUAGCCGUGCGUGCUGACCUGAAAGACACCGGCAGGGUGUGUGUAAGUCCUCUCGCUAUGUCCUAAACCACUCGCUACUCUCUACGUGUGCGUGUUCUCUCACCAGUUCAUUGGCGUGUUUGGACCAGGCCAGGUUGCAGACCUGUGAGCCGGUGUCUGUGCUCUGUAGCGCCUGUCCGGUGAGUGUGUUCCAGAAGCGCAGGCAGCGGUCGGCUGUGCCUCCUCCGGACGCCAGCAGGCCGUGCUGAUGGGGCGACCAGGCGAUGGCCUUCACCGCUGCUAAAUGCUCACUGUACUGCUGCACGGGCACCAGGCUCGAGCUGUUCCACACCAGCAGCUACACAAAGCAAUCUGUUAGAACGUCAUCAGUAUGACUUAUCCUCCUCCUCGUUUGCACCGCGUCCUCACCUUGUUGUCGUUGCCUCCAGAGGCGAGAUGCUGGUGGUCAGGGGACCACUUGAGGCCGCAGACUUCCUGUCUGUGGCCCUGCAGUCUCCUCUCGGCAGCAGGCGGCGUGCGGACGUCCCUCUGCAGGAUCACCCUGUCCCUGCUGCCUGACGACAGCUGCUCGCCAUUCCACGCUAACGCUCCUGAGAUGCAAACCUGUUAUUACGUUACGUUCCAAAUUGAUAGAUAAAAUUUGCACGGAUACUUUCUUUUUUUAAGCCUAACCCUAACUCAUCCGAUCAAAGGGAAGCGUUAAUACGAACCGACACGAGCCGAAUGUCCUUCCAGGCUGGUUAACUUCCUCCCUCCGGCUGCGUCCCAUAUCUGCACAAAGCCUUUGUGGGUUCCUACAGCAACCAAGCUUCCCUAUGAUGCAACAUAAGCAGUAACGGUUGUAAAAGAUGACACAGCUACAUCAUAUUUUAGGAUGUUUGGAUUAUAACAUGCUAAAUGCUACUUCUUUCCAAGUUAUAUUCUUAUAAAGAUUCAUUAAGUAGUAAUGUUUAAUGCCAAAACAUUUGGAGUCAUAAGGAGACUCCCCCUAAUAAAAAAAAAUAAAGAACUCUGAACUCACCCUCUCGUUCCAGCAGACUGAAGUCACAGAGUCUCCAUCUACUGACAAAUCACAUAACCUUGUCACCUGUGAACAAAAACUACAAGUAAUAACCACUACGCUGAUGAAUCAGCAGACCAAAAAUUAUUUGCUACAACGUUCCUUUACGCACCUGACUGGUACAAGCACUCCACAAGUACACACAAGCACCAAGACCGACACUGAGCAGGUUUCCAGCUGACCAGUCUACCUGUUAACACCACAGAAGGCGUUAGAGUUAUAGGUGGAAACGCUGUUUGGGAAUAUUCGGUAUUGCAGAUGUCACAUAAAACGGCUGUGAGGGUGUGGCCUCUGAAACUGUCCGUCUUAGUGACUGAGGUGUGGUCUCUAUACCUGUCAGGCCCAGUAAAGGAGGCAUGACCUUUAUGUUUAUAAGUCUAAUUGAAGGAGGUGUGGCUUCUAAACCUGUCAGUCUCUAUUCAGAAAAGGAGGGGUUGUCUUUAUGUUUGCUGGUCCCAGUGAAAGAGAUGUGGCUUCUAAAUCUCAGUGAAGGCUAUGUGGCUUCUAAAUCUGUCUGUCUCAGUGAAGUAGGCGUGGCCUCUAAACCUGUCAGUCUCAGUGGAGUAGGCGUGGUCUCUAUACCUGUCACGAUGAUCCUGUUUUUUUUUCUCUUAAAACUGUUUGUGUAAUUCUGAAUCACACUGCAAGUGUAUUGCAGUGUACUGCCUGUUUUAAAUAAACUUUUCAGUGACUGUUUAA